AUGCUAGUGAUUAUUUUUAUUGUGUAUGCCUUUUAUGAGUUGCUAAACAAAGAUUUCCAAAAACUAGCAAAAUCACAUGGUCCACUUAUGUAUGUGCGGCUGGGACUAGUACCAACGAUCGUUGUCUCGUCUGCAGAUACAGCAGAGAAGGUCCUCAAGACAUAUGAUCAUAUCUUUGCUAGUAGACCUCAUAAUGAAGCAGCUUAUUAUUUGGCAUAUGGACAAAAGAAUAUGAUAGCCGCAAAGUAUGGACCAUACUGGCGCAACAUGCGCAAAUUGUGCGCUCAGCACUUUUUGAGUAACAAAAAGAUCAAUUCAUUUCAAUCCAUGAGAAGGCAACAAGUUGAACGUAUGAUCAAAUCACUUAAAAAUGAAGCUUGUGAUCAUCGCGUUGUUGUUGAUCUUAGUGCAAAGAUUUCAUCUUUGAGUGCUGACUUGACUUGCUUGAUAGUGUUUGGAAAGAAGUACAUGGAUGGAGAUUUGGACAAGAGGGGAUUCAAAGCUGUUGUUAACGAGGUUGAGCAUUUAGCAGCAACACCAAAUCUUGGAGAUUUUUUCCCCUUCCUUGGUAUAAUUGAUCUCCAGGGACUCACACACCGGCUCAAGGAUCUUUCAAAGGUGUUUGAUGACUUUCUUGAGAAGAUUAUCGACGAACAUGUCCAGUCUGGUGACCAGAAGCAAUCCAAAGACUUUGUUGACCAUGUUGGACAUUAUGCAAUCAGGAGAAGCAGAAUUUCAGUUUGA